AGCCAAACAUUCAAGUUUGAUCAAAACGAACAAGAAGCUAGAAAGAAGCUAUGCAAUGAAGUACUGAAAAUAUUGCAGAAAGACCUGGCGUUGUCCUGUCAAGCCACCUGUCUGGAAACUAUCCGUAUUCUGUCCAGAGACAAGAAGAUUUUGGCUCCUUUGACCACCAGGCCAGGAAUGCUGCUUCUGAUGAGGCUGGCUGGGUUGGAGUAUACACAAAAAUCCCCACAAGAAACCUCUCACUUUGGUGUAAAAGUUGAGGCAUUAAAAUGUCUGUGCAACCUUGUGUUUAACAGUGAGGCAGCACAGCAACUUAGUGUGGACUUUAAGAUUGUUAUAGGUGUCUGUGAGCGCCUGAAGAUGCACAGAGACAAGAACCUAUCACACGAGAUUAAGUUCUUUGACUUGCGCCUCCUUUUCCUGUUGUCCGCCUUACGGAUAGACAUCAGAACUCAGCUGAAGAAGGAAUUGCAGGGCCUGCUUUUGCUUACAGAUGUCCUGGAGAACACACUAGAUAUCAAAUGGACAGAUAAGUAUGUGGUGGCCACAAAUCAUAGGAAUACUUCCUUGUCUGAAGAACAGGUCGAUUUUGCCAUCGAGUCUCUCAAGGUUCUCUUUAACGUCACAUAUGACUGCAGCCAGCAGCAAACUGAUGAAGAUCAUGCUCACCAGUACCGAUACCUAACUGCCUUACUGUGCCACUGUUUGCUGAUAAAUGUACAGAAUGAUGAAAAAACUGAAGAAUUUCACAGUCACACAAUCAAUCUUUUGAACAACAUUCCAGUGUCAAGCCUUGAUCUCCUCUUCAGCCCAGACAUCGAAUGUAGAGCAAUCGAUUACAACGGGAAGAAGAUGGACGCAGUUGAGGUUUUGCUAGCUUUUAUGGAGAAGAGAAUAGACAGGGGGACCAAUUUAAAAGAAGGACUGACUCCAGUUUUAAGCGUUUUGACAGAGAGUUGCAGGAUUCACAAAGAUAUGAGAAAAUAUAUCCGUUCAAGGGUCCUGCCUCCCUUAAAAGAUGUAACGAACCGCCCUGAAGUUGGCAACACUCUUCGGAAUAAGCUGGUUCGCCUCAUGACGCACAUCGACACAGGAGUGAAGCACACAGCAGCAGAGUUUCUCUUUGUGCUGUGCAAAGAGAGUGUCGACUGCUUGUUAAAGUACACUGGCUAUGGGAACGCGGCAGGACUACUCGCUGCCCACGGACUGCUGGCCGGAGGACGGGGAAGUGGGGUGUACUCUGACGAUGAGGACACAGAUACUGAAGAGUACAAAAGUGUCAAAUCUUAUAUUAACCCCAUCACUGGCCAUGUAGAAGAACCAGUACCCAAUCCAAUGGCUGGGAUGACAGAAGAGCAGAAAGAGUACGAAGCAAUGAAACUUGUCAAUAUGUUUGACAAACUUUCCAGGGAGGAGAUAAUUAAGCCGAUGAGAGUGAGGCCGGAUGGAACGAUGGGUCCGUUAGAGGAAGCGGCUAAUGAGUUCACCAGUGACCGUGAUUCCACAUCAGAUUCUGAUCAGGACGAGUAGCAACAGAGGCUUCCUUUCUCCGAUUUUGCCAGUUCGGGAGGUACUUGAUGGAUACCUAGACCAAACACAAAGUUUCAACCUAAAAUGCAGAUAGUACAUUAGAUCACUUCUUCAAUGCUGGCACCAACUGAACAGAACAAGUAAAGACUCCUCUUGUCCACAGGACCAGUUGUACCAUGAUUCCAAAUAUUGCCAAAGUCCAUAACCAGUAAUGUGAACGGUGUGCAGAGGCCAACAUGUUGUGACAGAAGGAAUGGUGUCCCUGAUUGAGGCUGGGGACCCAAUAGAAUUGACGUUGUAUUUGAUGCUUCAAAACCAGAACCACAACUCUGUACACUUAACUGAUUUCCUAAGCUCUGAACCAUCUAAACUGUAAGAAAUAAUUCAAAUUUACAUUGAUGUUUCAGAAUUUGUUGCAGCUGAUUCAUAAUAGCAAAAGCAUUUCAUUUAGAGAAACACAGCAGCCAUUUUGCAUACUCAAAAGGUUCUACAAUUGUGUUGCAUUAAUUUAUUUUUGGUUCUGUUGUUAAUCACAUUUUGGUCUAAUGUGCGAUACUUUUGAGGUCUAUGGCUGUCCUGAGAGAAUAGUCGAAAGAAACAUAGAGCAAACAGCAGUGAAGUAUACAGUGAGACUGAGGAGCAGGUCUGUGCCUGCUUUUUGAUGAUGUGUGGCUCAGUAGGGGAAGCCUACAUCUUCUCUGGUGUUCCCCACACUAAAGGAUGGGUUUAAAUUUAAUUAAGUAAACAGAUUAAUUGUGUGUUUCAGAGAUGGGAGGUUUGACAAAUCAAAUGUAUGUAUAAUGGCCAACAAAGAAUGCAGUGUUAGUGUUAAUGAAAAGUGUGCACUGAGAGUUUGUGCAUGCACAUGUAUUCAUACUUCCAGCAGCAUACGAUAUUAGGCAUGCUUUAAAAUCAGCUCAUAAACUUUGUAAUAAUAACAAGCUUCUAGAAAAUGGGAAGCAAUGGCUCAUGGGUUAAACCAAGGUUAAGCCUUAAAACUCUUUAAUUUUAAAAUACGUGAUUGUUAACAUUUUAAAGGUGAGACAUGACGUUUCUUGUAAUUAGUUUUCUGAAAAAGUAAAAGAUGAAAAUGACAGAGAAAACAACGUCUUACACGUCUUAUCGUACAAUUAAACAUGAAAAAUCAUUACUUCAGAAUGAAAGUCCUCUCAAGGAUUUGCGGAUUUGCCUGGCAAAAGGUUGAGGAUUCUAUAAUGACAGAUCACAACACAAUUAUCCAUGGGUGAUUUCCUUUCGCUGUCAACCUUAAUCACUGGCUGUUGUAAGUCAUGCCUUUGUAUGAAAUUUGCAACUAGUGGAAAUAGAAAACUUGUGUAUGAAACUUUAAAUACUUUUCUAGCUUGUGAUAAUUAAGUAAGGUUUUGUGAAUUUGGCCUCCUUCACCCUGUGCUAUUAUAAAUCAAUAAAGUGAUUUUUGAAUGUAGAUUGGCCUGCCAGAGUUGAUUGAGAAA